UAAUUAUGGAUACAGAUUAAUAAUUAUUACUUUGUCGAUGCUAAAAGUAGACGAUUAAAAAUGGUUGCCUUGUAACAGAUCUGUCAAGCGAUAUUUUAUUUCAUCGAAUUGCCACAAUGCGAUAAGCAAAACUGUUCGAAAUUUUUAGUUGCCGAUGCGUUUAAUAAUCAAUUUAAAGUAAAUUCAAGAAUAGGCUAGUUUCUACAAAAAAAAAAUAUAUUUAUUCGUUACUUUGCUAAAUAUACAUUUGGAAUGAAAAUGAAGAUUCCAAGUAAUCAUUCUGGGAAUGACUAUGGACACGAAACAGGGAUUAUUUCUUACAUGGAAAAUAAUUUUGAAUCUGAGAUUGAUGUUCAAGGAUCAGACGAAAGUGAUUUCUCGGAAUAUCUAUGGAUGGAAAACGAGGAAGAAUUUGAUAAAGAGGUAAUUCAACAAUUGAUGGAAGAAGAAUUGACGGAAGAAUGUCUAAAAGCAAUGUGGGAAGAUGAAAGACAUGAAAGAAAUACAAAUUCUAUCACUUUAUCGACUGCUACAAACACAUUUGAGAACAGUAGUGCUGAACUUUGUCAACAACUCAGUCAUUUAAAAAUGCACGAUGAUCUUGCUAAGCAGAGUACACUAAAUCCAAAUGCUGCUGAAUUCAUCCCAGCUUUUAAAUCAGCGGUAACAGCAGUAAGUACACCACCAGAAGUUACAGCGGAAUCAUCAUAGAAAUAUUCACCAUGCAUUCUCUUCUUUAAUCUUAUAAAAAAUGAGCUAUGUGUAUGGCUAACAUCCACAAUCUUUAAUAACACAGUUAUAUCAAUGGAAUUAUAUUAAGAGUUAAAUGACUGUGACUGCGCGUGCAAAGGUAUACUGAACAUCAAAGCGGAUAAUACAUAAAUGCUGUUAUAUACUAUUCAAGAUUAAUGAAGUCAGUUGCAUAAAUCUAAAUUAAAAAACAA